AUGGAACAGGUCACGGAGAGCAGGCCUUUUGUGCCGGGGACCGUGCAUCUGGUCGAUCUGGAAGGAACGAUGCGCGCCAAACACGCCUCUAAAGGUCACAAAGAUAUCGUUCUCGUUCCUGCACCGAGUAAUGACCCAGACGAUCCGCUCAACUGGAGUCCGCGCCGGAAGCUCCUGUCAACCUCUUGCAUGUGCAUGUACACUUUGAUGGUUGGCAUCGCCAGUGCUGCGAUCUACUCGGUUCUCGUUCCUAUCAGCGAAGCCACUGGUCUCACGCUCGGUGAUCUAAACUCAGGAACUGGUUACAUGUUUCUCGCGUUCGGUUGGGGUUGCUUGAUAUUUCAGCCCCUGGCUCUGCAGUAUGGGAAACGUCCCAUCUAUCUUAUUUCUCUCCUGGCCACCCUGGCGAUCCAGGUCUGGGCGCCAUACACAACGACAAACGGCCAAUGGAUUGCGAACAAGAUUCUUCAGGGCUUCUUCGGCGCCCCUAUCGAGUCACUAUGCGAGAUCUCGGUCACCGAUAUCUAUUUCACUCAUGAGCGAUGA